AUGACUGCAGAGGUUUCGCACGGCCGCGGUGGUGCCGGCAACAUCAACUACGACGACACCCAGUACGUCGAUGGCUCUAUUGUUCGCGCCGGACAGGAAGGAAGCCACGGCGAUGGCGCGUAUAGCGCUGGGCGUGGAGGUGCCGGCAACAUUGGCGACGUUGGUACCCCGACAACUGGGCACCGCACCGACACCGACCUUGUCCCGGAACAGGCUCAGCUUCCCCCCUCCAAAAUCGGCGACCACCACACUGGCCGUGGAGGCGCAGGAAACGAGGAACGCGUUGGCACGCCGCCAGUCGAGAAGAAGGACUCGCCCGUGGGCCUGGCCGACAAGUUGAAGCACAUGCUCUUUAAGAAGAAAUGA